CUUUGAAGUUCGGACGAGGAAACUUUCAAAAGAAAUCGUCUUUUUCCCUUUUCUUUUCAAGCACACGGUUCAAAACUGCUCCUAUACUUCCCCAGACAGCCGAGUGCAGAGAUGAAGAAAGAGCUGUAUGAAAUGAUUGAAUAGGAAUGGAGGGAUUUUAUGUUCGGAACGAAGAAUAAUUGCCAGAUGACAGAGGGUGCCGAGCUUGGGUCACUUCCUGAUGCCGAACAGGGAUCAUACUUGAGAUGGCUCAAGAUGUCUUAUGAGGCAGAGAAGACAUGCCUGCUCAUCCCUCAGGAAUCCCGAGCAUCAUGUGUGUUCCACACAGCUGAUGAGAAAGAUGAAAUCCCAGGCAUGGGAGAGGACAGUGUUUUGGAGAUGCUGAGCUACUCUAAGUUCACAGACUUGGAGACAUGGCUAUGCAUGCCCUCGACACUGCUACCCAGGAGUCUGGAGUCCACAUGCUCGGCCUCACCACUGUCAAGCAGUAGUGACUCUGGAGACAUUGACACUGGCAGGCCUCUUGAGAGGGAGUCCAUCUAUUCAAACCAUUCCCAGGAGAGGGAAAGAUGCAUUUUGUCACCUUCUCCCAUCCGACCAGUCACUGUGCCCCCUUCGUCCCCUGUGGCCUUGCGGUCCACCUCCACCCCAACUCUUAACCCCAGUAGGGACUCCUGUCAGGGGGGUGUGAGUCUGAGGAAGCGGCGACGCCUGGCUGCCAGCCCCGGAGGACUGCACUGGAAUGCUUCAGGGUCAGUGCUGCGUGACUAUGACCGAGGAGAAGCGGCUUGUGUGUCACAGGUGAAACGCAUCCCCAAGCCUGUAGACUUGGAGAGACCCCGGGCCGAACUACGGUGGGACAGAGUGACCCUGAGGAAGACUGUGUCAGUGGACGACACACUCUUUCAACAGACACCCAGAGAGCACCACAGACUGCUCAGCCGGCUGGAGAGAGGAAAAAAGAAGCUCAGGAACAUCCAUAGUCUUGGAGCGACUGGAAGAUACGAAACCCGUAAAAAACCUGAGAGCAAGAUCUCCCGGUUGGCUCAGAGACUCAACCAAAGGCAGAGUGAUGCAGCGCUGAUCAAGGACUUCAGACCACUUCUGUUCUUCAGUGGUGCUUCAGGGAGCUCCCUGAGCCUUGACAGGACCUUCUCCGUUAGUAUGACCCAGCAGAUGCAGAACCUCCAGCUGACCCACAGUAAGAAGGGGGCUGGUCCCGCCUCUCCAAGUGCAGCCAAACGGCUCUACCGUAACCUCUCAGAAAAAUUCAAGGGCAGCCACUCCUCUUUUGAGGAUGCCUAUUUCUUUGGCCGCUCAGAUCGCAUUCGCAAAGCCUCGAAUGUGCAAAGCAGCGAGGCUCUCUUCGAGGCGGUGGAGCAGCAGGACCUGGACGCUGUGCAGAUCCUGCUGUUCCAGUACACAGCUGAUGAGCUGGAUCUCAACACACCCAACAGCGAGGGCUUGACUCCUCUCGACAUCUCCAUCAUGACCAACAAUGUACCCAUCGCCAAGCUGCUGCUCAAAGCAGGGGCCAAGGAGAGCCCACAUUUUGUGAGCCAGGAGAGCCGAGAGGCCCAUCUCUCAGCACUGGUCCAGGAGGCUCAGAAAAGAGCCAGUGAGCUCUCCACCCAGGUGAUGAGAGAGAGCCUCAGCCUGGAGACUUCUGACAAGGAGAAGCAACUGAAGGCCUGGGAGUGGAGAUGCAAGCUAUACAAACGAAUGCGUACUGGCUUUGAGCACGCACAGGUCCCAGAGGCUCCGACAGCUGUGCGCUUAACUGUGUCCAGCAGCACAUCUCUCACCAUCACCUUUCAGGAGCCGGCUAGCAUUAACUCAGCUGUGGUCACCAAAUAUAAAGUGGAGUGGAGCUGUUUGAAGGACUUCUCUUUAUUGGCUGGUGAACUGAUCCUAGAGAAUCUUACAUCUCUGAGGUGCACAAUAACAAGUCUUAGUACAGGAAGGCAGUAUUAUGUUCGUGUAUCCGCCUACAACAUGAAGGGCUGGGGACCAUCACAGCUCUCUCAGCCUCCCUGUGCUGUUCCCUCCAACUGGAAGGAGUGUGAUGGUAGAGAGUCACGGAAGAGAGGACAUAUUGAGGCCAUGGAGAGACUGCUGCAGCAGGUCCGAGCCACACACCAACACUACAGCUGCGGAGACACCUCGAAGCUGCAGAACACCAGUCGCAAGCAGUCUGUCUCUAGAAGCCUAAAACAUCUCUUUCAUUCCUCCACCAAAUUUGUUAAAACCCUCAAAAGAGGGAUCUACAUAGCUGCAGUAUUUUAUCAUAAGGACAGUCUGCUGGUAACUAAUGAGGAUCAGAUUCCCAUCGUGGAGGUGGAGGACUCCUACAGCAGCUCCCUCAUGCAGGACUUUCUGUGGUUUACCAAGCUUUCGUGUAUGUGGGAGGAUGUCCGGUGGCUCAGGCAGAGUAUGGCUAUUUCCAACUCGUCCUCCUCCACACUGCAGUCCAGGCAGAAGAUGCUGGCUGCCGCUGGCCAACUGCAGAACCUUCUGGGCACCCACAACUUGGGCCGUGUCCACUACGAGCCCAUUAAGGAUCGCCAUGGUAACGUGCUGCUUGUGACAGUAAGGGAGAUGGAGAGCCUAUACUCUUUCUUUAACGGGAAGUGGAUGCAGGUGUCCAAACUGCAAAGCCAGAGGAAGUCUCUAUCUACUCCAGAGGAGCCCUACGCUCUGGACAUUCUGCUCAUCACCAUACAGGACAUUCUAGCAUACCAGAGGCGCAGUCAGCACCGGCUGUCUCCAGGCCUGUACCUGGGCUACCUGAAGCUCAGCAGCUCUGUGGAUCAGAUUAAGGUGUUGGUCCCUCAACGAACACCUAACAUGCUCUGCCAUGCCAGGAUACGGGACAACUGGAACGUUUCCAGGGAUGAGUGGGAAUGGCUUCAGACCCUGUCUGGCCCUGAGGAGGUGGAAAGAGCAGAUCAGGCGGCAGACUGCCAUGCCCCCCUGCUCUUCUCUGAGCUCCAGACAGCCAUUAAGAGCCUGCUCCGCCAGAUCAAUCUACCUCUACACCAGGCCAAGCACUUCCGUCUCUACACACAGGAGGUGCUAGAGCUGGGUCACAAUGUGUCCUUUCUUCUGCUGCUGCCUGCCUCAGAUGACGUGUGCACUGCCCCGGGCCAGGCCAAUCCCUACACACCCCACUCGGGGUUCCUCAACCUCCCUCUUCAAAUGUUUGAGCUUGUUCACUUCUGUGCAUAUAAGGAGAAGUUUAUUGGCCUGUACUGCCGCCUGUCCUCUGUGCUUGACCUGGACGCCCUGAUCACCCAACAGGCUCUUAGAGAGGCCAUUACUGACACUGAACUGGCAACGGCAAAGCAGAGACACCAGCAUAUACUGGACUUUAUUCAGCAAAUGGACGAGAUGUGGCGAGAUAUCCGGUGGAUUACCGAUGCCCUGCAGUAUGCCCGCUAUAAGAACCCUCUGGGUGGGGUGCCCAUCACCUGGCUGGUGGAUGCGAGUGUAGAGCCUGUAACACAAAAGAAUGACUCCACCUCCUCAAACACAGACUACCUACCAACCCCCUCUCCAUCUCCUGAGAUGCGGAGAAGAAAGGCUACAAGCGAUUCCCAGCCAGGCUCAGAUGAAGAGGGCUGCUCUGAGGUCUUCCUCCCCACAGACAGCGACUAUGACUCCAGUGAUGCGCUAAGCCCUCGGGAUUUGGACCUAGUCUACUCCUCAGCCCAGGACCUGUCCCAUCAGGCCGUGCAUGCCCUGAGCGGGAGUGCUCCGGACGUCCUGCAGAUGCAUGACCUCAAAUAUACUGCCUGCUCCAUGGCCAUCCUGGAAACAGAAUCAUGCACUAAAGACCUGGAGGACCUGUCCCUGUCCACUUAUUCCUCCAAGUCCUCAGACAAGGCAUCCCGCUGCAAGUUUCUGGCCGACCCGCCGACCAAGAGGAAGCUACUGUCUAAGAGCCACCCCCAGAGGAGCUAUUUUGGUGGGCCGCAUCGCUGGCUGCGUGUUCAGAGUGAGAGUCAGACGCCCUCGCUUUCUGAGGGAGUUUACACCAGACAGAGUGAUUUGGACCUGCCACUCGAGCUGCCUCGCUCUUUACCACACUCACCCUCUGCCUCAUAUCGCCUGGAUGAGCGGAAGAACACUCACAGAGAGAGUAAACCCAACGUGCGCAGAAUCUUUGUGGAGUCAUGCAGUGAAACUUCCCCCAGCAGAGACAGCACUCACUGGCCAGAGGAGAGUGAGGAGACAGAUAGAAAGACCACUGUGGCAGAGACGGUGUCUGUAUUUAGCAUGGUCACAGCAGCUCAGGAUGUGGACUCCGAUGACCAAACGAAUGAUCAAGUUUCUGAAAUCCUCAGCAGCACACUCUAAGACAAACCUUUUCUGCAUUAUUGUAUGUCAUCUUGGUGUAAUCUGUCACAUAGCCACCAAACUGCCUCUUAAGCUCCACAAUAAGUACAUUUUCAGGCAUAAGAAAAUGCAGGUCUGUGCAUAAGUCAGAGGCCACUUUAUUUGAUUUCCUGUCAAAAUGGCCAUAAAGUACAAUUUAUUUAUUUUUCUGCUUCAGGAAAAAAAUAAACAGAAACAUACAUUUAACACAAAAUUACAGCCUCAACAAAAAAAUAUAAUAUCAAAUUCUUCAGCAUUUGAUGUAUGCACACUUUUUUACAACUCCCAUUUUUUCCCAGAGACUUUCAAAUUUUCAAAGAAAUUUGGAGGGAUAUUUUUCCACACCUCCAAAGUUGAGUCUUGGUUGCAGUUUAUGCUUCUCACAAUGCAAGUAUUACUAUUUGCCUUUCUCAAUACCAGCUUCUUGACAGCUACGCAUUUUUUCAGGCUCAUAGUGUCGAGUUUUCUCGAAGUAAAGGAUGUACAGAAACACCUGUGGAUGUUUUUGAAUCUAAAGCAAGAGUAGAGCUUGAUUUUCCCCUCUCUACCAAAGAUGAAAGUCCUGUUUAUCUAAUUGCAACAGUUUUGGUGGUCUACCAGAUCUUGCACGGUUAUUAGGAAUCCAAGUUUCUUUUAAUAAUUUUAAUAAUUUUUUGCACUCCAAACUUAGAAACUGCUGUUUUUUCUCCUUCUCCUUCCUUAUGCAAGUGGAUUAGGUGACACUUUAUUUUGAGUGGUCCUUUUAGCUAAAACAAACACACAACAGACUCUCAGUAACAUGUCAGAAACAUUCAGUUAGGCAUUUACUUAAACAUUUAGAGUUAGGAUUAGGUUUUGGGUUGAGGAUAAGAUUAGGGUUAGGAUUAGGUUUUGAGUUGAGGUUAAAUUUAGGGUUAUGAUUAGGACCAGGGUUAGGGUAAGGUUAGGUUUUGCUUAAUGGAAGUAACAUAUUAACAAUGCAUCUACUUCGUAUAAUGUAUCAACAAUACAUCCUCAGGAUAUUUACUUCAGUGUAUUCAGCUGCUUCACUACUGCUGCUUCACUGAUAUGUUGUUGAUGUGUUAUUGAUCAUCUGAGUUUAUUAAUCAUCUACAAAGGACCACUCCAAACAAGGUGUUACUGUGGAUUAUUUUGUAUCUCGUCUCCUCAGAAAUACCUGCUGAAAAAAUUGUUACUUAAGGGCCAUCUUGACUGGAAGUUAAAUAAACAAAGGAGAGUUUCUGACUUUUGCACAGUGUUGUAAAAGUAUGUUGUAGUUUGUAGACAGUCUGUGUAAUUUGUGCAUCUUCUUGAUAGAAUGUGGAGGGGAAAAUGAAGUUGCUGGUCAACUGUGUAGGACUCAUAUUCCGUGGCUCUGACUGUUAAAAUGCUGAUUAUUAAUGCAACAUGAAAAGUGCUGCUUUUACCUUUGAACUUGAAACUGCCUCUGCAUAGACUGGUAUCAUAGGUGAAAAGUGAAAAGUAGUACUUUUACUCUCAGUCUGUUUAUGGCUUUUAGGUUGAGUCUGAUAUUUGAGGUGUACUGUACACCUCUAAGACAAAUCACUGCCCAAGAGAUCCACUAGCACAGACAAGCUUUUAGUGUCGAAUAUCCCUGAAAGAUUAAUCAGUAUUUGAUCAAUCAGUGUUUGAUCAGUAAGUAGAAAGUAUAACUUGUCUCAUCUGAUCUUACCACAUCUAAGAAAAUACAAACAGUUCAUAUUCUAUUGUCAGAGAAUGAGGUCUGUUUUCAGGCCUGCUUUAACCAUUAGAAAUUAUCGUUUGCUUGGAGGGUUAAACAAUCAUAUUAUUGUUGCAAAGGGCCUGUCUUGGUCCAGAUGACAGUAGUGUGUGGAUGAAAGCUUCAGUGCAGGUUUUUAGGACCUAUUGAUUUAAACAAUCAACAGGUCCUUUCAUAGCAAAUGCCUUGAGUUGUAUGUUCUUUACCUCUUCAGAAUGAAUUUGUGUUGUGUGGUUGUUCUUAUCUGAAGUAUCAAAGGUUUGAUCCAUCUGUUCCCAUUCCUCUGGUGAUGGCUGGCAUUAAAACAAAUGGAAACCACUUGUGUUCUAUGAAUAGGCACAAAAGAGUGCAUUUUAGAGAUCUCUUUGCAACCUAUGCAUGAUGAAUGCAAGUAAAUUGAACAGAUAUCUUGCUUUUUUAAUGUCUUUCGCCCCUAUAAAAGAUGAUGCUCUUAUUUUCUUUUGAGACUGCAGAUUUGUACCACUUUAUAUGAAGGGUGUACACCACUUUAUUUGAAGGAUAUUUAUGCAUAUGUGGAUAUUUUACAGGUUGAAUAUAUACAAAAUGAUACUCUGAAUACUCUGGCAACUUGUGUCAGAAAAGCCAUAGAGAUUUCAAGUAUACAUGAAAGUGUUGUAUAAAAAAGUACAAUGCUGCACUGAGAGCUGGGCUGUAUUCAUUCAGCCAUUCAGCUGUCUCUUUGUAAGUUUAGACCAAAUUCAGCUCCUGACGGCUAUCCUGCAGAGGUUCAAUAAAAUGACAGUUUGUGUAUGCAAGAGACUGGACUCUCACCACUGAAGUCUUUGGAGUUCAAACUGCUGUCAGGAGAAGAGGCAACAAGGGCAGCAACAUUGUGAAUUUGUGAAUUUGUCUGUUGCAAUGUUAUGACUUGUUGAUGUUGCAGUGUAUUAAAAAUGUCUUUGCACAGUUGUUCCUCGAAAUAUGUUUGUACUUGACUUAUCUCCUUCUGAAGAUGAUGAAAAUGUUUCAUCCUCCCACGUUCUGUACAGUGAUGUCAGUUGGAGCUCAUGGUAACAUUGAGCUAAUGAUAAAAUGCACUACUUUAUUAUUCCUGUGUGUUCGGGCUCAGGCUCCAGCUCUUAUAGUGUAUGUUGUGCCUGUUCUCUAACGAGUGAGGUUUUUAAAUGAGAUUUCAUUGCAAAUACUCUGGUUGAGUCACUAUAGUCUGACCAGCUGUCGUUCCACAUAAGGUAUUAUUGUGCAAUUAUAAGUAUUUGUCAUGAUACCUUUAUACUGUGCACACAGCAAGCCAAAACUAUUAAAGAGCAUCAUAUCUGUAUAUUUUUGCAUUAUGCAUUUAUUGAUCCAAAUAAUAUAUUUCGGUAUCGUAUUUUUGACAGUUAUUGUCUCAUGUCAUCCUGGUUUCUAUUGUUAUGUUAGCUUUUGCAAUGCAACUGAAUCUGGCCUUGUGGCAGAUGUGUUUAUGACCUGAAAUAAAUUCCAGUGUAGAUAUGUA